CAUCCUUCAACUAGCACCAUUCCCAGAUCCUCUUCUGUGCACGCCAAGAGUGAUUGCAUUACCCGUUGCUGCCAUAUGUGCUAUUCCCGCUCUAUUGAUUUGUGAAUCAAUAUGCAGAGGAACAAAAAGAUUAGACCAAACGCGAGCAAAAACAUGAAGCCUUUGACCUCCUAUUACGAGCAUAUCCCGCCCCCAAAAGGGAAUGCGUUAAUUACCAAGUACUUCUCAAAGUGUCCAAGCGAGACACCGACCGAAUCCACAGUCCACCACCAGAGCGUUGACCGUACUGGCAAUGGUAAUUUCCAGACGUUGACAGGACACACCGCUGCAACCGAGCAACAAUGUCGUGGGAACAACAUCGUCAUUUUGACGCGGACAGAUGAACUGGCGGAAAACAGCUCAAAACGCGCUAGGCGGGAAACAGUCGGGAUCAUGGAUGACGGGCAGCAACGUGUAAAAAAUGAAGAUGGCAGCAGCUCGGAUCCAUUGGCCGCCCGAUAUUCAGUAACAGGGAAGGAGGUUGCAACCUUAGAGGAUGAAAGCGAAAUGCUGACAGACGGCAUGGCUCUAUCUCCUACCAUUGCGAUCAUUCCGGGUGUAAUAGCAUCCAGAGUCGAAGUACUACCUUUGUCAGCCGAUGUGGAUAAUAGCGAGACCGGCCGCAAUCAACUUGUGGUGGAGGGUCCGUCAGUUUCAAAUCCAUCUCAUCGGAGACUCGAUGAGAGGACCAGCCGGCAUGAUCGAUCGAAAGCUGCUGACAGCUUCGGUGAGACCUCACUUACGCUGAAGAAUGAGGUUGAGCUCGGCUACGCCACAGAUCCCGUCAUAGGACGUGGCAACAACGACGAUGAUGACGACGACGAAGAGCUACUCUUGCCAAACAGCAUCCAUCUGGAAACCGAACAACGACGCUCUUCUCGCGCGAAACGACAUGUGAACUAUGCGCCGCCACCUCUCGACCCCUUCCAAGACCAGAACCUAUUUUCCCAUGCGCAUCGGACGGAGACAAAUUCUUCACCCGGAUAUCGGGCAGGCGCAACAGCAAUGAAGCGUAAGCCCAUGUUCAGUUUGGACUAUCUUCUGAAAGACAAGCGGAAGCAGGAGAACAGACGACUUGAGCAUGAGAGGUUACUGGAACAAGUUGUCAAAGAUGAAGACAAAUCUAGUGCAUUGGAUCUGGGUGUAAUGUCGAAUCGAGUUUUGGGCCAGGAGACUGGCGAAAUCGUCAAUUCUAUGCUUUCGAAACCCGACGGGCCCGAGCAGGAGAUGUCUGUUGCAAUAUUGCAGUCCGUAGUAAUGCCAACGCGUACUUUGCAGCCCUUGCGAACUGCGGUCCUGCCAGCAUGUUUAUCGGAGUCGUUAACAGACAAGGUGAAAGCGGCCACGUUGUUACGGGGUAGUGUCAUGAGCCAUCUAGUUCACAGAAAGCCGGAUUGUGCGGUCGUUGUACUCGAUUGGUUGUUUAGUACAGCCUGUUAUGAAACGGAUCGCCAGCUGGCGGAUCUCGCUUGUCAGAAUUUCACGCGUAUCCACAAUCGGACAAAUUCAAGUGGGUGGAUUUUAACUAUCAAUGCGCUCGGCGAAAUGCUGCGCCAAUUUGGUUGCCCCCCGGAGCUCUUGGAUGACAAUGCGCGACCAUGCCUUGGGUCUUUCAUUAAGCAUCGCGACGUCAAGGUCGAGGCCGAAGGAAGUUCUCUUCAGGACGUGUCGUUUAUUCUCGCCAAGAUACGAAUAUUGAUGACUGUUUUAGGCAUCUGCGCUAGGCAACGGCCUUCUCUGUAUUCGUCCAACGAUCUUCUCAAUGCCCUUCAUAUAGUAGCCAUCUUGUCGACUGAUUCGAGAGUUCAGCUGGCUUAUGCCGAUACAAUUGGAGACACGGUUGCAGAUCUCUGCAAUGCCCUGAAGAUCAAUGAAGGAUGGCCUACACUUUGCGGAACUGUAUGCAUUCGACUUGCCGAGUUUGCUGGCAGUAAGUCAUCCCAUCAUGUUUGGGUGGUCUCCGUCUUCAAUUGGGCGGCCUCCAAAUCGGCAGCGGCGCGCGAAAUUCGACGCCAAUUGGCAAGGCUGUUGAUCCUGCGAAGUGAACAAUGUGAGGACAUCCCCUCUCCUGCCGAUGUCGGCAUAACUUCAUUAGGGACUGUGUGGGCGAAGGUGUCCAGGUAUUCAGUGUUUUCGGUAGCCAAAUACAGUACGGCGCGCGACAAGGAAGAGUAUACAGAGCUCACAGCGCUGGUGAAGAUCUUCAGCCUCGCAGUUGGAAAUAUCGACGACCUAAAGGACCAAAGUAACAUUGUAGCAGAUAUAGCGACGCGGCUGAGGUGUAUUUUCGGCAGCAUAUCGGACCCUCGAGCAGCGUAUCUGGAACGGACAGAGGCGAAGCAUGAACUUAUGCAACUUAGUGCGUGGAUGCGACUCACGGCUUCCAGCGCUUUAGAAACCGAGACACAAACCAAGCUCACCUUUGCGACAUCAGCACUGAGCGAGAGGUCGUGAGCCGUUACAGUGGCAGAGACCUAAGCCUUAACAUGUCAGUUAUCGAAGUACGUAGGCAGAAAGAAAGCCAUUGGGCACAUGCUGCUACGCGACCUAAGGCCCCGAUACAUCUCCACCUCCCACCGGAGGCUGGCAUGAGCAAAAGUAAUCGAUCAAGAUUGGCCAGCAUAGGUUUCAGCAAGCCCCCAACUCCAGGAAAACCGGAGACAUCCUGCACCGUGGAUACCGGUCAACGUUGGAAGUGCUGGAGCCUUUCCCAAAGAGGUCGAGGAUAACGACGUCAGUCCAAGGGCUGGAUGUUUGGCAGUCUAUAAUUGUACCAUCAACGGUUGGGGAAAAGGCGCUGGCCGAGUCUUAGGCUCAAAGGCCACAAUGCUAACUUGCAAUAGAUUGCAAUCAUGACAAGGACACCUUGUUUGGUAAAUACACAUAAGCAAUAGAUACAGAAAAGAGAUAUGAUACAAG